GUUCUUCCACUCGCGCCUCGUCGAUGACUUCUCGGGUGUCGUCAGCAACAUCGACUAGAUCAAGCGCUUCAACGCCCCCUCCUGCCUCUUCAACUACACCAGCGCCGCCAGUCGGAUCGGGAACGGCAACAUACUCGGGUAACCCCUUUGCUGGAGUCACGCCUUGGGCCAAUUCCUUUUAUGCCUCUGAAGUCAGCACUUUGGCAAUUCCAAGCUUGACAGGAGCCAUGGCCACUGCUGCGGCCGCUGUGGCAAAGGUUCCAUCUUUCAUGUGGCUAGACACUCUGGAUAAGACUCCCUUGAUGAGCUCCACGUUGUCGGACAUCCGUGCCGCAAACAAGGCUGGAGGCAACUACGCUGGACAAUUUGUGGUCUACGACCUGCCGGAUCGUGACUGUGCCGCCGCUGCUUCCAAUGGUGAAUAUUCCAUCGCUGAUGGUGGCGUGGACAAAUACAAGAACUACAUCGAUACCAUUCGUGGAAUCGUCACUACCUUUUCCGACGUUCGCAUCCUUUUGGUUAUCGAGCCCGACUCUCUUGCAAACCUGGUUACUAACCUCGCCACUCCCAAGUGCUCAAACGCCCAAUCUGCAUACCUGGAAUGCAUUAAUUACGCCAUCACGCAGCUGAACCUUCCAAAUGUUGCGAUGUACUUGGAUGCUGGCCACGCUGGAUGGCUUGGAUGGCCAGCAAACCAAGACCCAGCUGCCCAGUUGUUCGCAAAUGUUUACAAGAAUGCGUCAUCUCCUCGAGCCGUCCGUGGACUGGCCACUAACGUGGCUAACUACAAUGCGUGGAAUAUUACUACUCCCCCUUCAUACACUCAAGGAAACGCUGUUUACAAUGAGAAGCUGUAUAUCCAUGCCAUCGGACCCCUUCUUGCCAACCACGGCUGGUCAAACGCUUUCUUCAUCACUGACCAAGGUCGGUCUGGCAAGCAGCCAACUGGGCAGCUUGAGUGGGGUAACUGGUGCAAUGCUGUUGGCACUGGAUUUGGUAUCCGCCCUUCUGCCAAUACUGGAGACUCACUGUUGGAUUCAUUCGUCUGGGUCAAGCCAGGUGGCGAGUGUGACGGUACUAGCAAUAGCAGUGCACCACGAUUUGAUUAUCACUGCGCUUCUGCAGAUGCUUUGCAGCCAGCACCUCAAGCCGGUUCUUGGUUCCAGGCUUAUUUCGUGCAGCUUCUUACGAACGCGAACCCGUCAUUCCUGUAGGUCGAUUGACCGUGGGGCUUCAUAAAAUGUGUUCGGAUGAUUGAGUUUCUAUUUGAUGGAUCCUAUAUAUAUUUCAGGUACCAGCAGCUGGUCGAUAGGUCAGAAAUACAUAACUUGAUGGCUGAUAUAUAGUCAA